AUGGAGAGCCAGCAACCAAAUUCCAGUGGCAAACCCCCGCCGACGGGCGAAGUCCUCCUUGUUAUAGGGGUAAUCGGUGCCGUCCUGGUAGUCUUCGCUUUCUUGUGCCUCUGGUAUGGCUGUCGUGGUGGCGGCACCAAGGGCCCUGAAUCCGCAGGCCCUGAGGGUCCUCAUGAGCUUCAGGUUCUCUCAAACAGAUCACUCCCCAGACCCACCUCGGCUCUAGACUCGCAAGGACAGGUUGACCCAGAUAUUGUCCCACGGGACAGUUUCACGAGGCUUCCCAGAUACUCGGAUACGUCCUCAGCUCAUCGAGCGGAUCUCAGGGCGGAGACUAGGAAUUCAAGGCCUCCUGCUCCAGAUCCAGAGCUACCCACUGGACGCUCGCCUCAGUCGCUGCCAUUUACCACAUCAAGUCCGAGGGAAAGCUCCUGUUCGGGAGAAGAUCCGAAUAUCCCAGAGCUAAAGCUCCGACAGAAGCUAUAUAGGAAUGCGGCCAGGGUGACAGAGGGUUUGGAGGGCUGGCUCAUCGACCGUAAGCCCGAUGCUACAUCGGUUGCCCGACACCUAUCGAAAGGACGACGAAGAGUAUUCUCGUUUCCCCCGUCCUCGAAUCUAACCGCUGAAAGGAGACCGGAGUAUAUUCCCACUCCGAUACUCAAGGCCGGGCUUAGAUCGCAGACCAAGAAAAGCCCCAAAAGGGCGAUCACAUUUGCCGACGAGGAACGUGGACCAGGCGCGGGUUACAAUGCCGCGAGCGAAAGGACACCUUUGGUGAAUGAGGGGGGCCCGGAGUAUCAUCAUUUCUUGGACAAGAUGAGGAUUGCAGAGUUGAGAUGGAAUGGCGUGUUGUGA